CAGCCUCAAAACCACAGACAAAGUCAACCGAGCGUGCUUCUUCUAUUACCCGAUAUCCCCAUUAAGUUAUUGUAGAGAACUCGGGGUGUGUCCUCUUAAGAGAAAUACUAUCAGCGGAUCGAGUACUACUAUACGUGCUGUUUUUCUUUCCCAGUCCUCUGAAAUAGCUUAUGCAACCAACCCCCCGAGCGAGCCCGUCUCCCCCCGCCUUGAGUGGCAGCAGUCCAAAGGUCCUGUGUACGUGCCGUGGAUUCGGUUGCAUCGGAGGGAAGUCGUUGACUGCAAGAUUCCCACUGUGUGAUUGUGGCCGCAACUCGCCGCGACCAUAUAUUGCCACAAGCAAGAACGCCACCUCCUGGGGCCAGGUACAUGCCGGACCUUUCCUUUUCUCCAUACACUAGAACAAACCGGCAGAUCUGACUGACAGGUGCUUUGGCGAUUGAAAAUGCAAAUGAGUUUGGCCGCGCCCCCUGGCGGCAGCGUCGGGGGCUGCAGAGCCGCCCAGUGGCUCGACAGACGACCCGCGACAAGCGUGCCCUGCCCCGUGCUCUGCGUGCCGCAGCGGGAAUCUUGCAAACUGUCGUCGUUUUUACCAUACAAUAAGAUGCAGAUGGGGAGCGCGCCGCCGCCGCCCUACUCCGCGGGCGGCCCCAGCGGGGCGUCGGGGCGACUGGGGCUCCGGAUGGGGCCCGGCGGGGGUGGCGGGCCCACGGGGCUGGGCUACAGCUCCAGCAUGAGCGCGAGCGAGGAGACGCUGCUGCUGCCCGGCCGCCAGCGCUCCCUGAGCACGGCGGGCUUCCCCCCGCACCACUACUACCAGAGCCUGCCCGAGGUCACCGUCCUGCUCGCCGACACGGAGGUGGCGCCCGACGAGCACGACCCGCUGCCGCUGCACCACCGGGGCCACGCCGCGGCCGCCGGCAACGGCACCUGGAAGGACAUGGGCAGCUCCCUGGGGGCGCGGGGCCGCGGCGGGCGCGGGCGCGCGCGCACCGAAUCUCUCUCCGCACGGCUGGGACUGGAGAAGACCAACUGGUGCGGCAUCCUGCUGGCGCUGCUCUCCGGGAUGUUCUUCACCAUGUCCUCGGCGGCCGUGAAGGCGCUGCGCUCCGUGGACCCCAUGGAGCUGCUGGUGAUCCGCUCCUCGGUGCAGGUGGCCGCGGUGCUGCCCGUCGCGCUGUACAGCGGCGCGAGCGUGCUCGGCCCCAAGGGCAGCCGCUGGCUGCUGCAGGCGCAGGGCGUGGUGGGCGCGCUCACGCUCGUCCUGCUCUUCUUCUCGUUCCGCCGGCUGCCGCUCGGCGACGCCACCACCAUCAUCUUCAGCUCGCCCGUCUUCGUGCUCAUCCUGUCGUUCCUCUUCCUGCGCGAGCCGUGCGGCUUCUUCCGCACCCUGGUCGUCUGCAUGCUGCUCACGGGCGUCGUCCUCAUCUCCAAGCCGCCCUUCCUCUUCCAGGGCUCCAGCGGGCUGCCGGCGGCGGCGCACGCGCCCAAGGAGGCCGUCACGUACGACGUGGUGGGCUACGCCUGCGCGCUGCUCGCCACCCUCUUCACGGCCGGCAACAUCGUCAUCAUGCGCAAGUGCAAGGACGUGCACUUCUCGGUGGUGGUGCUGACGCUCUCGGCCUGGUCGCUCGUCCUGUCGGGCGGGCUGCUCGCCUACAUGGGGCCGCGCCAGGGCGACAUCCGCCUGCCCCACGGCCUCUGGCAGUGGGGGCUCGUCGCCAUGGUCGCGGCCUUCGGCCUCUCGGGCCAGCUGCUCGUGGCGCGCGCGCUCAGCAUGGAGGGCGCCGGCAAGGUGGCGGUGACGCGGUCCCUGGACAUCGUGCUGGCCUUCGCGAUCCAGGUGCUGGGCUUCGGCGAGGUGCCCGACUGGAUGAGUGUGACGGGUGCGGGGCUCGUCCUCGUCUGCGUCCUGGGCAUGGGUCUGGAGAGCCAGCUGCACCGGGCCGCCGCGCGGGUACCCUAACCCAGCGAGCGCUGUUGUCAUACCACCACUAUCAAAUGAGAAAGAAACGGGAAGAAAUUUGUGGGUGAAAUAAUGAUGGUCCAUGUAGCGUUUCGUUUCCUUUGAUGGGGAAGAUGGAAGUCCACAUUACAGACUCGAAAAUUAGUUGUGCAUUGCAAUAAGCCAAGAAAUAGUCUAAAGUUUAGCCUUUGGUGUUUGAGGACUUUGAGCAAUGCAAUGCAAACCGCUUCGAAGGGCGCCGGCAGAGGCAGAGGGUACAGAGGUCGCACAGUACGUGUUUACAUCCCGGCACCCGCAGGGUGGUAAUGGUGGAUUUAGUCUCGUGUGACCCGUACCCUCACGGUGAGGCCUCAGAGGUUCUCAGCCGAUCACAGUCCUCAAAACCUCUGGGGCCGCCAGUCUCAGUCGGGCAGCCUCACCGUGAGGGCACAGGUCACACGAGACUAAAUCCACCAUAAGAGACUGUUUAAUGCCUCGUAAUCCUGUGAUCAUUAUCUCAAAGAGGAGGGGGACGGCGCCCAGGCCAAGAUCUGCAUCGCGACUGUCAAGUGCCGGCGUUCGAUGUCGGCACACGUGCUUCAUUUACCGGAUUUGUGUGUCGUAACAUUGGUAAGUGCACAGGUGUGACAGUUUAGGAACCGCCACGAUCAAUAAACAAUUAUGUCAUCAUUUAAAAUGUAAAGUUUACUUCAACAAGUCUCAUUAACCGGCAACAUCUAUAUAAAUAUAUAUGUAUGUAUAUAAAACAACUGUACAUGCAUACAUAUAUAAUUACACUAAUUUUUUAAUCAGAUAAUUGGAAACAUCUUUGCGUUUAAAAUAUUGGUAAGUGAAAGUAGCACAAUGGGUAGGAGCUGAAGUUCCAUGCCCUGCAUCGUACACAAAAUACACAUUUUAAAAAUUGGCACAUCCUCUGUAUAUUUCAUAAAUUUAAAAAGAAAAAAAAGAAUAAAAUAUAAUUAUGUUUCACAGCCA